AUGGCUCAUCUCCUCUUCUUAUCCUUCCUAAUUUGCAGACUAAUCCCUAUUGUAGGCCUCACUCUUCACUCCUCCGACCUCCUUCCUUUACAACUCCACAUCCAUCCUUCCACCACCUCCUCCGUCUCCACCGACUUCGGCGGCACCACUCACUCCACCCCUCUCGCUAUUCUUCACCCGACCUCCCCCCACGACAUCGCAAUUCUCAUACGCACUUCCUACCUUUCUCCUCAUCCUUUCCCCAUCUCCGCCCGCGGCCACGGCCACUCCAUCAACGGCCAAGCCUCCGCCCCUCAAGGUGUUGUCAUCGACAUGAGCCGAGACUCGGUUAUCUCCGAUCUCACCCAUGAUAGGCCACUACCCUUCUACUCUUCUACUCGUCAUGAGUAUUACGUUGAUGUUUGGGCCGGUGAACUCUGGAUCAAUGUCCUUUCUUGGACUCUCGCCAACGGCGGCCUCGCCCCUAAGUCAUGGACUGACUAUCUCUAUCUUUCUGUUGGUGGGACUUUGUCCAACGCCGGCAUCAGUGGCCAGGCCUUCCACCAUGGCCCUCAGAUCAGUAACGUCCAUGAGCUUGAUGUUGUCACCGGAAAGGGUGAACUCGUCACCUGCUCUGACGACCAAAACUCUGAGCUAUUUCAUGCAGUUCUGGGUGGUCUAGGCCAGUUUGGAAUCAUAACCAGAGCUAGGAUUGCUUUGGAGUCUGCGCCACAAAGGGUGAGGUGGAUUAGAGUACUCUACUCUAACUUCACUGCUUUUACCAAGGACCAAGAACGACUCAUCUCACUCCACUCUGAUUUCAAGAGAUUUGACUAUGUUGAAGGAUUUGUGAUUGUGGAUGAAGGGUUGAUAAACAACUGGAGGUCAUCAUUCUUCUCUCCUAGUAACCCUGUGAAGAUGAGCUCUUUGGGUGGUGCAAAUGGUGGUGUCCUCUAUUGCCUUGAAAUGACCAAGAACUAUAACGAGUAUAAUGCACACUCCGUCGACCAGGAUGUGGAGGAAUUGCUGAAGGAACUAGACUUCAUUCCGGCUUCGAUUUUCACUACUGAUCUCACUUACCUUGAGUUCUUGGAUAGAGUUCAUAAAGCCGAAUUGAAACUCCGCGCAAAGGGGUUGUGGGAGGUGCCUCAUCCAUGGCUCAAUCUCUUCGUCCCUGCAUCGCGCAUUGCCGACUUUGACCUUGGCGUUUUCCGUGGCAUCCUGGGCAACAAGACUAGUGGCCCCAUUCUCAUCUACCCCAUGAACAAGCACAAGUGGGAUGAUAGGACCUCGGUAGUUACGCCUGAGGAGGAUGUAUUCUACUUGGUAGCAUUCCUCCGUUCGGCUUUAGAUGAUUCCGGCGAGCCAAGCAAGACCUUAAAGCAUCUCAGCCGUGAGAACCAGGAGAUACUGGAGUUUUGCCGGAAAGAAGGCCUCAAAACCAGACAGUAUCUUCCGCACCAUGAGACUCAAAGUGAGUGGCAGCAUCACUUUGGUCGUAACUGGGACCGGUUUCGACAUCGGAAAGCUGAGUUUGAUCCCAAGUUCAUUCUUGGCACUGGCCAAGGGAUCUUUCAACCUUCUUCACUUCCAUACUCCUCUUUGUUCUUUUCAUAA